GGUAUAUAUCGUUCAGCCUUUAGUUCCACCUUCUCGCCAGUGGAGUUUCAUCACAGCUUCUGCACCACCCAGGGCAGACGAGAACAUAAACACAAGCAAAAGCUGGCAGGCUGACACGAACAGGCAGCUUUACAGGACGGAUUAUCUGGUAACUGACCAUUUAGCUGUGACACACUCAGACUCCGUGUAAACGUGGGAUUUCGACCAUGAGCUCAGUCGCUGUACUUACGCAGGAAAGCUUCAAUGAGCACCGUUCCGGGCUUGUUGCAGAGCAGGCUGGUGCUGCUGGCGCAGGGCCUAGUGGUGCCGGGGAUGAGGAGGCCCUCCCAACCUACAAGGAUGCCUUCCCCCCACUGCCUGAGAAGGCUUCUUCACCUGAUGGGACCCAGGAACCAGCCAACGCAUGGACUUCCAAGAUCCGCCCCCUCAAGUCCUCUGUUAUCACCCAGGUUUUCCACGUUCCUUUGGAAGAGCGCAAGUAUAAGGACAUCAACCAGUUUGGUGAAGGAGAUCAGGCAAAGGUCUGUGUGGACAUCAUGCACAAGACUGGCGCCCACCUGGAACUCUCUAUGGCUAAAGACCAGGGUCUGUCCAUCAUGGUGUCUGGAAAACUAGAUGCUGUGAUGAAGGCUCGCAAGGAGAUAGUGUCCCGACUGCAGACUCAGGCUUCAGCUACUGUGGCCAUCCCCAAAGAACACCACCGCUUUGUUAUCGGAAAGAAUGGGGAGAAGCUGCAAGAGCUGGAGCUCAAGACUGCCACAAAGAUCCAGAUCCCACGUCCUGAUGACCCCAGUAAUCAUAUCAAGAUCUCUGGCACGAAGGAAGGCCUGGAGAAGGCAAAGCACGAAAUCCUGCUCAUCUCUGCCGAGCAGGACAAGCGUGCUGUGGAAAGGGUUAACAUCGACAAGGUGUACCACCCCUUCAUCACAGGCGCCUACAACAAGCUGGUGGGAGAGAUGAUGCAUGAAACAGGCGCACGCAUCAAUGUCCCACCACCCAGUGUCAACAAGACAGAGAUUGUCAUCACUGGAGAAAAGGAGCAGGUGGCUCUUGCUGUGGCUAUGAUCAAGAAGAUCUAUGAGGAGAAGCAGAAGAAUGCCACCACCAUUGCGGUGGAGGUAAAGAAGUCUCAGCACAAGUAUGUGAUCGGGCCCAAAGGAAACACCCUGCAGGAGAUCCUGGAGAAGACUGGCGUCUCGGUUGAGAUCCCACCCCCCGACAGUAGCUCAGAAACUGUCAUCUUGCGUGGGGAGCCAGAUCGACUGGGUCAGGCGCUAACUGAAGUUUAUGCCAAGGCCAACAGCUAUACUGUCUCCUCAGUUGUAGCUCCUUCCUGGCUUCAUCGCUUUAUCAUUGGCAAGAAGGGCCAGAACCUGGCAAAGAUUACCCAGCAAAUGCCCAAGGUGCACAUUGAGUUUACUGAAGGUGAGGAUCGAAUCACUCUGGAAGGCCCCACCAAAGACAUGCAGAUGGUGCAGAGCCAGAUGGAAGCCAUUGUCACUGAUCUUAUAAGCCGUAUGGAUUAUACAGAGAUCAUUGUGGAUCCCAAAUUCCACAGACAUCUGAUUGGGAAAGGCGGUGCCAACAUUAACCGCAUCAAAGAUAUGCACAAGGUGUCUGUGCGUAUUCCUCCUGACAAUGAGAAGAGCAACUUGAUUCGAAUUGAGGGUGAUCCCCAAGGGGUGCAGGAAGCCAGUAAGGAGCUGCUUGAGCUAGCGUCGCGCAUGGAGAAUGAGCGUACAAAGGACCUGAUCAUUGAACAGCGUUUUCACAGAGCUAUCAUUGGCCAAAAAGGGGAGAAGAUUAAGGAUGUCCGUGACAAGUUCCCUGAGGUCAUCAUCAACUUUCCAGACCCGUCAGCGAAAAGUGACAUUGUUCAGCUGCGUGGUCCUAGGAAUGAGGUGGAAAAGUGCUCCAAAUUCAUGGCCAAGAUGGUUGCUGACAUGGUGGAGAAUGGCUUCUCUGUUUCUGUUCCCAUCUUCAAACAGUUCCACAAAAACAUUAUCGGGAAGGGAGGGGCCAACAUCAAGAAGAUUCGAGAAGAAACAAAUACCAGGAUUGACCUGCCUGCUGAGAAUAGCAACUCCGAGAUGAUUGUCAUCACCGGCAAGAAGGAAAACUGUGAGGCAGCAAGAGUCCGCAUCCUGGCUAUUCAAAAAGAGCUGGCCAACAUCACAGAGAUGGAGGUGUCCAUUCCCUCUAAACUGCACAACUCCCUGAUUGGCUCUAAGGGCCGUUUUGUGCGCUCCAUUAUGGAGGAGUGUGGUGGUGUACAUAUCCACUUUCCCACCGAGGGGUCUGGUAUUGAUACAGUGACCAUCAGGGGCCCAGCUGAGGAGGUGGAGAAGGCUAAAAAACAGUUGCUCUCUCUGGCUGAGGAGAAGCAAACCAAGAGUCACACUGUUGAGCUAAAGGCCAAGCCAGAGUACCAUAAGUUCUUAAUUGGUAAGGGAGGUGGGAACAUCCGGAAAGUGAGAGACAGUACUGGAGCCAGGAUCAUCUUCCCCACAGUUGAUGAUGAGGACCAGGAGCUGAUCACAGUUGUGGGUACAGAGGAUGCUGUAAGGGAGGCCCAGAAGGAACUGGAGGAACUCAUCAGGAGCCUGGAUAACGUGGUUGAAGACGUGAUGACUGUGGAAACAAAGCAUCACCGCUACUUUGUGGCGCGCCGUGGCCAAGUGCUGAGGGACAUUGCUGAUGAAUAUGGCGGUGUCAUGGUGAGCUUCCCGAGGACCGGCACUAACAGCGACAAGGUUACUCUGAAGGGAGCCAAAGACUGUGUGGAAGCGGCCAAGAAACGCAUGCUUGAGAUCAUUGAGGACCUGGAUGCCCAGGUGACCAUGGAGUGUGUGAUCCCUCAGAAGUUCCACCGUUCCAUCAUGGGGCCCAAAGGCUCCCGUAUCCAGGCCAUCACCAGGGACCACAAUGUGCAGAUCAAGUUCCCUGAGCGACUGGAUGCCCCAGGAAAAGGACCAGCCAUCGCACCUGCUGUUCCCCUGGCCGAGGCUGCUGCUUCAGUGCAGGAAAAUGGAGAGGCUAAUGGGGAAGUGCUGGUCACUGAAGAGGCUGCUACACCUGUGGAUCCUGCUGCACAUAAGAAGUGUGAUAUCAUCAUGCUUUCUGGCCGCAAGGAGCGAUGUGAGGCUGCUGUGGAGGCACUCAAAGCUUUGGUCCCUGUCACCACUGAGGUGGAAGUGCCUUUCGAGCUUCACCGUUACAUCAUUGGGCAGAAGGGAAGUGGAAUUCGUAAAAUGAUGGAUGAAUUUGAGGUUAAUAUUCAAGUGCCUGCUCCUGAGUUGCAGUCCGAUAUCAUUUCCAUAACUGGCCUUGCCAAUCACCUGGACCGCGCCAAGGAUGGUCUCCUAGAGCGUGUUAAGGAGCUGACGGCUGAGCAGGAGGAUCGGUCUCUCAGGAGCUUCAAGUUGACCAUCACUGUGGAUCCUAAGUAUCACCCCAAGAUCAUUGGCCGUAAGGGGGCCAUUAUCACCAACAUCCGUACUGAGCAUGACGUCAACAUACAGUUCCCAGACAAGAAUGAUGAGAACCAGGAUCAGAUCACCAUCACUGGAUAUGAGCACAAGGCUACAGCAGCCAAGGAUGCCAUCCAAGCCAUUGUGGAUGAGCUGGAGGAGAUGAUCUCUGAGGAUAUCACCCUGGAUGCCCGUGUCCAUGCCAGGAUCAUCGGGGCCCGUGGCAAGGGCAUCCGCAGGAUUAUGGACGAGUUCAAGGUUGAUCUGAGGUUCCCAGUGCCUGGAGCUGCUGACCCCAAUCAAGUGUCUGUCACCGGACGUCCUGAGCUGGUUGAUGAAGCCAUCGACCACCUCCUAAACCUGGAGGAGGAGUAUAUGGCUGAUGUGAUUGAGAAUGAAUCUAAGAUGACGUACAUGAAGCCCCCUGGUGAUCGCAGUGCAUCGUCCAUGGAUGACGGAGGGCGGGACCGGGGCCCAUCCAAAGGAUUCGUGGUGAGGGAGGCUCCCUGGCAAACAGGCACAGAGAAGGCUCCAGAUAUGAGCAGCUCCGAGGACUUUCCCAGCUUUGGUGCUCCUGUGGCAGCCACCGCUAAGGCCUCUCCCUGGGGACCAAAGCGCUUCUGAGCAGAGUUGGGCUGCUAUAGACGAGACAGGCUUCACCUCUACCCGAAGACACAAUCUUCCCCUCAUUGCCUCCCCUACCCCUUUUGGACCUGGACUGGCUGCUGACACUGACCCCUAUAGAAAACAUCUGCAGUCCUGGAAAUAUUUCAUGCUUCUCAUCUCUGUCUACGUAACUUGGUCUGCCUUUUGUAGAUUUUCUGAGGGAGUCUGAAAUGCUUUCAACCAAACUGUGUUUUGACCUGUAAGAUUUAUUUUAUCUGGUGUUCAGUAAUGUUUAUCUGCAAAAACAAAAAAAACAUAGGAAACAUUGGCAGGUUGUUGUUAUAAUUUUAUUUUCAGGUAGAAAAAUGUACUCAAUCAAUGUGGUUUAAGACUUGACAUUUUCAUAGUGAUUUGAAAUGUGCUACCAAAUCCAAAGCUGUUAAGGCAACAGAGCAAAGCUUCUUAGGGUUACUGAGCUUCCUGUUUCUUUGCCUUUGCAGGGUCUGGGGGGAGGGGUUGACUUACCUCUGGCAAGAUGUUAGCCCAUAUCUCCAUUUUCUCUGCCUGUGAUUGAUGAGAAACUUGGGGGCCAGCUGUCUGUUUCAGCCACUCUUCUCCACUCAUGUAACUUUAUCUGUGUACUCUCAUUAAGAUUUGUCGUCUUAUGAUAAAUCGAUGCAUUUUAGUUGUCUGUCCUGUCUUUCUCCUUUUGCUUGGAACUGUGCUUGUGUGAGUAUGUAUGGGCAGGUAGUUGUGUGUUGUGCCAUGCAGCCUUCUGAAUUUGUCAAACUUUAUUUUGAGGGAUUUUAUUCACUACAGAUACUAUUUCACACACUCAAACUGCCAGAUGCUUUUGGAGAUCGUAUUGGGCCCUUUACCCUCCCACAACACUAGACCCAGAGCUCCAGAGUUUUACUCCAACCCAACACACUAAAGUACCGUACGAGGUGAAUACAAUAUAUAGAUUUUCUUUUUUCAUCAUUUGAGGCAAAGGUUUUAACUUAUCUCUGGUCAUGUUUUGGAAGCAACAGAGCAGAUUAUUCUGUGCCAAUGAACGGUCUUCUAUCUAGUGAUGUAAUGUGUUACUCGUCCUGCAACAUACCGGGUCAGUGUCCAGUCCCUUUUGUCUUCCAGUUGCUAUGCAGAUUUCUCUGGAACCAUAGCAAUGGCCCUUUUAUCAGCCUUAUAUCUAGAAUGAUAUAAACCAGAUCCAGAUUUGGUGUCAUUGUCUGGGGAGAACAGGAAGUGUAUAGUAAUACUUUGGGGAUAAAUGUUUGAUCGUGUUAUUCCGUUGCUGGAUAGCAUUUCAUUUUGCUCCCAGUGAUGCAGAUACACUUAAUGAAAGAUAUGACAUCACUGUCUAAUACUUGUCUGUAUCAUUUUAGCCUUAUGAAAGAUUAUGCAAAAACCAUACAAGUGAAAUGAUUUUGGAUGACACUGGAAAUGAAACUGUCCAAAAACUCAAUAAAAAUUGAAAAUUAAAAA